AUGGGACAGGAAGGCACAGGGAUGGAGCUUUUAGUCCUGGACAGAUCAUUGGGGCAGGAUAACCCCCACUCCAACGUCAGAAGCAUCGACCUCAGCCACAAACUGACAGGACGGUCCGGAUGGACGAGGAUGGGGGCCGUAGUGAACCAACGCUACAUGUCCACAAAGGCUCUGUCAACCGCUGAGGACCAUGUGAACGGUACCUUGGGAGAGGUGGUAGGCAUUCCAAAGGUCCAGCUUGGAGAAGAUGGUAGCCCCCUGGAGAGGUUUGACAGCCUAGGAGUGGGGAUGCAGAAGGACGGAUACCUCCAGCAGCCAGAGAGUCCUCAAUAUACUCCUCCAUGGACUUGGUCUCCGGGCCACAUAGGGAAUAUAGCCAACCACGAGGCGGUGUGGUGCCUGGGAGAAGGUCAAUGGCACAAUCGUAGGGAUGAUGCGGGGAAGGGAAGUAGCCCGUGCCUUGCUGAAGAUCUCCAGAAGGUCAUGAUUAACAGGAACAGUGCUGUGGGUAACUCUACCAAUGGAGCGGCCGUCCAGUGCUCUAGCGCCCAUGGGAACAGAGAGGAGUUAAGGAUGUAUCCUAUUGACCAGUCGGACUACAGCGCCCUCCGCAGUGCUGUGGAGAAACUGCAGUUUGAUGUGCAGAAGGACAACAGUCUGGCACCGGGAGCAGGCUGGAGGCUAGGCUUCCUGGGCCUGCUCCACAUAGAGUUGUUUCACCAGCGCUUGGAGAAGGAGUACAACUCCUCUGUCAAAGUGACAGCCUUCACCACCUACGAGGCUGUCCUGUCCUGCGCCAAGCUCAUUGAGGAGCAUGGGAAGGAGAAGAUCUGCAUAGUGAACCCGUUCUCAGACAGGUCUGUAGUGACAGAGUACCUGGAUCCCAUGGUGAUGGGGACCAUCUUCGCCCCUGACGACUACACCGGGAAAAUCAUGAGUAUCUGCUUGGUAAGCCAGCCUGGCUUUCAGAUGUUGCUAAUUAUUUGUUUGAAUGAUCACUGUACAUUGUAUAUUGUUAAUUUUCUCAACAGUUGUGAGUAUGAGGAUACAGGGUACCUGGCAGCCAAUGUGAUCAAGAUGGAUAUUCUGCUGAACAGGAAACUUGUGGAGGAACUCACCCCUGUUGUUCACAAAGAGAUUGGGCGUACAGUGCAGGCAAUGCCAUGUGCGAGCACCUGCAUGACGCCAGAACCAGACAAAUGUUUGAGAUCACAGUACAAACAGCCAUCGGUAGCAAAGGGAGACCACAGAGAUGAUAACCAGAAAGAUGACGCGCCUGAAGAACCAGGCAGAGUGUAAAAAGAAGAUGCGGUAUGUUGGCACGUGCAAGUCCCCAAAAGAUGUCUUCCUCAGUGUUCUGAAGAGGAAAGACAAGUAGAAUAUCAGUAUCCUUAUUUAUUGAAGCAAGUUUUUGUUCAAGAAAAUAGACUUUAAAACGGCAAAAUAACUUUUAAAUGUCCCAUACAUCAUUUUAACCCCCAAAAAGUUAUGUAGAUCUCAUUGCCAAGAAAAAUAUAUGACGACAUGCACAGAUUACUCGCUCAAACAGACUAAGUGCAAGGUGCAAUACAUCAAUGAACGCUUGUAAGUAAUAAAACAAGA